AUGAUUUUACUUUUUAUUUUGGUCUUUGUUUCGUGGGCGAAGAUACACAAGACGAUAAGAAUCGGCGAUGAUCAGGGUUAUGAAGGAUUCGUGAUUGGCAUAAGCAAUACUGUAAAAAGGGACUUGAGUUUUGUCGCUGGAAUGAGUGAUAAGUUCACACGCGUUUCGAAGGAAUUGUGGGACUCUUCUAAUGGGAGAACUUUCAUCAGUGAGAUAACCAUAGUCCUUCCUGAAAAUUGGGAAGAGCCGACUGAGGAAGAGAUAGCGCAACACUCACUGAAUUAUCGAGGGCCAGUCUCAGGACUAAGCUUCGAUCGAAUGGCGAUGCAGGUUCAUCAUGCGACUGACGACUUCAACCCACACAGAAUGUACGCGAUUAAAGUGACUCCCUGUGGUCAUUUCGGCAAGCACAUUCGCGCCACUGAUAACUACAUCAAGAAGUCAGACGACGCAGAUGUCGUUGAAAGGCAUGGACGCUUCGAAAAGGUCUUCGUGCGAGAAUUUGCAAAGCUUCGAUGGGGAGUUUUCGACGAGACAGUUAACAAAGAUAAAGAUGAGUACAUUUUUGACAGUGAAAAGAACGAAAUAAUACCUGCAAAAUGUUCGCGUGGGCUGAUUGGAACGCACGUCUACAAGGCGAAUUUCGAUGCAGAAAAUACAAAAGCGGGCGACAUCUGUGAAGAAGCCUCGCACAAAUACCACGGAAAAUGCCAUUUUAUUCCGAAUAGCGAUCAGACUCCAGCGGAGGGCACGAAAGCGCCCUGGAUCGGAAGCUUUAUGUACAGCACUGCUGUUAAAGAUAUCAAUACAUUCUGUCGCGACAGUACCAACGAUGCGCUUGGACACGAGUGGCGGCCGAACACAAUUCACAAUAAAGAGUGCGAUAAAAAAUCAGUUUGGGAAGUAAUUACGAAUUCGCCAGACUUUCAGCAAUUUACUGACAGCGUUGAUCUGGGCGAACUUAAAAUUAAUAUUGUUCGAGACACAGCAAGACGAAUUGUGCUAGCUAUCGAUAUGAGUACGUCGAUGCAACUACCCGGACAAACUUACGAUCGAUAUUUUGCUGUUAGAAAAGCAGCAGUCCAAUUUUUAGAAACAGUUUCUUUGGGGACAUAUAUAGGCUUGAUUUCUUUCGACAAAGGAUCGCGUGUGCAUUCAGAACUAAUGAAGAUUGAAGAUGAAGACAGCCGCACAGUUUUAAUCAAACGAUUGCCGCGAAAAGAAGACCUUGUCCGUGGAACCUCUAUUGGCGCUGGAAUUCUUACGGCAAUAGAAGUUCUUGAAGAGACUGGUCCUGAGGAUCUUAGAAAUCAUGGAGGCGAGAUUCUUUUGAUUACCGACGGAGCGGAAACUGUAAAACCUCAUCUUUCAGAUAUUCUCGAAAAGGUUUCGUCCUCGGGUGUUACAAUACACGCGAUCUCACUAGGCUCCGAAGCUCUUUAUGGCGUGGAGAUAAUAAGCGAAGAAACUGGAGGACUAGGAAUUUUCACUCCUGCAACCGUCGACUCCAGAAACACCAUGAACGUCAAUCUACAAGAUGCUUUCAAGCAGCAGUUCAACGGCGAAGGCGAAACCUUGACUGUUAGCUCAGAAGCAAUUGAUCUUGAAGACGAGCUGGAAAUACCAUUCGUGCUUGAUGACAGCAUCGGUUUAGGAACUAAAAUUUUCGUUACUUGGCCAGAAAGCGUCGCCGAAGAAAGCGCGCCUGAAUUGUCACUAGAGCUUCCUUCUGGUGCCACCGUCGAUAAAAAUUCCUCCGACAAUCUUGGCUAUUCAUUUACUAUUGCUGACACGGAAACAAACUCACUCACAGUCAAAAUGCCUGAUCCUUCAGAUGUCGGCCGCUACACAGUAAAAAUCAAAAAUCCUACCUCUGAAAAGUAUUCUAUUACUGUCGCGAUCAACUCCUUUCCGAGAGAUCAGGUGUCUCCUGUCAAAGUGACUGCAUACUCAAUGCUUGAUGAUGAUGACAGGCCUUUAGUGUACGUCGAAGUCUCACAAGGAAUGUAUGCCGUAAUUGGUGCCACCGUCGAUGCGCAAUACAUUCACCCAGAGCUGGAUUCAAAAGAUACGACUGAGCAAAAGUACUCUUUGCACGAUGACGGGGAUCAGACGACGCCAUCGCAGACGAUGGAAUUUACACUGGCACAAUCGAGGGUGAUAAAGAUGGCGAGUACUCUGUUAUUCGAAUCACAGUGUCAACAGACAAAACUGGCAGCAGCACUUAUGUCAGUCGCGAGCAUUACCUCGGCUGGGGAGAUUUGA